AUGUCGGAAUACCUGGUGACAGCCCUGGUCGGAUUCAGCGGAGAGAUUCAGUAUUCUGCAAAGCCUCCUUGGACUCAGAUGUUGGCUGUUGUCGACAUGGACCUCCCACAAAAGGUCAUAGACCAGCCCCAGCCAGGACCAACAGUCUUCACAGAUGCAUCCUCAACAACCUCCACUGCGGCUGUGGUGUGGCAAUCGGACAACAAGUGGCACUGCGUCAAAGUGACUGAUCGUGCACUCUCAGUCCAGCAGUUAGAAAUAGCAGCCGUGGUACUGGCAUGCAGACUGUUCCCAACAGAGCAUCUUAACAUUGUAACUGAUUCAAUGUUUGUAGCCAAGCUUUGCCUGGCUAUGUCAGGACCCCGCAUAUUGACAUCUACAGCAGCUCUAAUGCUAGAAGAAGCGCUCUCCUCUCGAAAAGGUACCAUAUCAGUCAUCCAUGUUAACAGCCACGACCCUAUCAAAGGGUUCUUCCAGGUCGGCAACAACAAAGCAGAUGCUGCCGCAAAAGGAUUGUGGACUCUACAAGAAGCUCGUCAGCUACAUGAAACCCUGCACAUCGGAGCCAAAGCACUAGCAAAGAGAUGUGAAAUCUCAGUUGCUGAUGCAAAACAUGUAGUAGCUUCAUGCCCCCACUGCCAAAAGGCACUGCUGUGGUCCUGUGGAAUCAACCCCAGAGGGCUAAAAGCCUCAGAGAUAUGGCAAACAGACUUUACAUUGUGCCAGCUGUUGAAACCCCGAGCAUGGCUUGCAGUAACAGUGGAUAUGUACAGCGGAGUAAUUAUAGCCAUGCAGCACCUGAAAACCAACUCCAAAGCAACUAUCCAGCAUUGGCUAACAGCCAUGGCUUGGCUUGGCAUCCCUAAGCAAAUCAAAACAGACAAUGGUGCAAAUUUUAUCUCAAAGCCGAGCCAGGAAUUCUCCUCCAAAUGGGGUAUCACUCUGGUGCAAGGCAUCCCGUGCAAUAGCACAGGACAAGCCAUCGUUGAGUGAGCAAACCAGACCUUGAAGGCCAAGCUAGAAGUGUUAGCAAAAACAGAAGGCUAUAACAAUUCCAUUCCCCAAGUAGACCAGGCGCGCUUGCUAGCAACUGCACUGUUAGCACUGAACCAAUUCCCUAGAGGAGAUGAAACAAACAGUCCCUCCCAAAAACACUGGGCCACUCAAGCUCUAGAAGAGGGCCCACAGGUCAUAAUCAAAAAUGAGUUAGGAGAGUGGGAGCAAGGUUGGAGAUUAGUACUCACAGGGCGAGGGUACGCUGCAGUUAAAAGAGAUGGUAAAGACUGGAUCAUUGGGCGCCCACGUGAUGCAUAUGCUCCAGUGCCGGAAGGAGGCGAUGAACCACCAGACAACCCGAAGACGACCAGAACUCCUGAGCCUGUGAAACCCAAGCGACAACGACUUCUGUGUGUUAUCUUGCUUUUAGGACUUGCUAGCAGUGAGCAGCAAGAAGCUUCUCCCCAAAGAUCUGAAGCCACUGCUUUCGAUUUGCUCUAUCGAAUGUUAGAUGCCACCUUUUUACCUCUAAAUCAAUCCAACCCUAAUGCCACAGAAUCCUGCUGGCUGUGCUAUGACACACAGCCCCCUUUCUAUGAGGCUGUGGCCUUUAACAACCAGCCGAUGUGGUCUAAUGCUGAGGCCCCAGUCCAGUGUCGCAGUGAGUCACCUUCUCACAGAAUCACCAUCAGCCACAUGACCGGGCGAGGGUUUUGCGUAGGCAAAGCUGCUGUCGUUGACAAAAAAGUCUGUGCGACCACCAUGCAGGUUGACAAGUCUAAGAAAUGGGCAAUCGCCCCCUUGUCUGGCAUGUGGGUUUGUAACCACAGUGGGCUAAGCCCUUGCAUCUAUACCCAAAGCUUUAACUCCUCUGCUGACUUUUGUGUAUUAGCUGCUAUCAUCCCCAGGGUCCUAUACCACUCCGGAGAGGAAGUGAACCAGUACCUUGAGCAAGCAGGCCGCCUUCAGGAAAGAGAGCUGCUGACAGGAUUGUCAAUAGCAGUGCUGCUCGGCUUGGGAGCGACCGGUGCAGCCACUGGUGUCUCCGCCCUGGUAACCCAGAGUCAGAGUCUCUCUCAGCUACAGAUGACUGUAGAUGAAGAUCUACAGAGAAUUGAGAAAUCCGUAUCUUUUCUAGAAAAGUCUGUCUCCUCACUCUCUGAAGUUGUUUUGCAGAACAGGCGAGGUCUUGACCUUCUGUUCAUGCAGCAAGGAGGCCUCUGCAUCACCCUGAAAGAAGAGUGCUGCUUCUAUGCAGACCACACCGGAGUAGUGAGAGACACCAUGGCAGAGCUACGAGACAGACUAUCUCAAUGGAAGGUGGAGAGAGAAGCCCAGCAAAGCUGGUUCCAAUCUUGGUUUGACCAGUCUCUGUGGCUGACCACCCUGGUGUCUACCCUGAUUGGGCCAGUUGUGAUGAUCUUACUUGUGUUAAUCUUUGGACCAUGUGUUUUAAAUAAGUUUGUGUCCUUUGUUAAGAGCCAACUAGAAAGAGUUAACAUUCUGUUUAUAAAAAGGCAACAGAUCCUUUAA